UGGUAUGAUGGGUACCAGUUUAUCUGAGUAAUAAAGAAAUACAUUGAAAUGCAUCAAUAUUUACAAACUGUGCUAUUUGCUGCAUUUGUGGUUAUGCAACACCGUCAUUGGUGGAAUGUGGUACAUUCAGGUACCGUAUGACCCAAAAUUACAAAUCACAUUCAAAAAUCUGUACAAUGUACUACAUCCUCUGUCCUUUGACCCUCGAUUUGAGUGAAGAAAAAUGUCCUAAACAAACUCUUGUAGCAAGGAGAAAUGAAUACGUGUACUGAUUUGAAUGACACAAUUUGUGGGAUACGUUUGAAUCCAGAAGGAUAAACAAGCAGGCAGUGGCUUUACCAUGUGGUGCCUGAGCCACACAACCUCCUCUCCACACCAUCCCUGAGGGGGUCCUACAGUAACAGGAUGAGAGUUGACGGAUCCAGCAUUUCAAGGCAAGAGAGAGAGAGGUUCCUAUGCAGCCUACAGUCCAGCCUGACCGAAAAAAGUAAUAGUAACAUUUGGAACGGCUGAGCUCCUUCAGUUACUUGUAUUUUAAUUGAGUAUUUCCAUUAAGAAGAAGUUUGGUCAAAUUCAUACUUAAAACAAAUAGGGGACAGCAUAACUAGUCACUGUUGCUAACUGUAGCUACUGUUAGCUACUUAGCUCUGUUAGCUGUGCGGCUAGCUGUCCAGCCUGUGACGCUGGAGCAAAGGGGGUUGUAUCUGUGUUUACUGCUAGCAUGGCACCUUACGACCAGAACAGGGCGGGGCUAGUGUGCUAAUUUUAGUAUUUCUGCAGCACAACACAUAGAGGCCAUUAUGUCAAAACUGUUGUUUCUUGAUAUUAUGUUGAUAAAUGUAGUUCAUUUUGAAUGUUUUCAACUAAAAUUCUUACAUAUUGCACCUUUAAUGUCACUGUAUACUUCCAGUGCGUAUUAUUCUACUACAGUUGUUUGCCACUAUAGUUAUAGUUGAAUUACCGGUAUAAAUACUUAUCUCACCAUAGAACACUGCUCUAUCUGGAUUCAUCCAUAAGGCGGAAAUAAGUCAUGAGUUGGCAGGUCCUCACCAGGUGGGGGCAAACUGGUGGAGCUGGCAUGUGUAGCAUGGUGCAAGAGCUGGAGCGGGGGGGUGGGCACUGGACCCAGCCAGUAGAGAAGUGGGGUCAAUAGACGCUUAUCAUGCCCGGCCAUUAUGCCGUAAUCCUUCCUCGCUUUUCUGGAAAAACUGAAUAGCACUAGAAUCACUGACUCAAUUUUUGGAUCUCAUUUUCAUGACAAAGCGAUUGUUCCCCUAUUGCCUCCACUGUUGCUGUUUAUAAAUGUGGGAAAGCGGGGAUAUAAAAGGGACUGGUGAGGGGCCAGUGCAACGUCGAGACCUCAGGGGAACCAUCACUUAACAUCACCAAGGCUAUCCCACACCUUAUAUCCAAGAUGGGCAGGGUGAGUUAAGACAAAGUUGGACUGGCAUGGACAUAGAGUCAGGUAACACUGUGACAACGUAGCUGAAGUGUGAAUGUGUGGGUAAAGGUCUCUCCGUGGGGAUCAUUGGGAUUUGAACCUAUUUGAAUUUGGUUUGCAGGUGAGGCAAGGUUCAAAGUGCUUUUUGCAGGACUAGGUGUUGAUGGGUUUAGGCAGCUUGAACAUAAAGCUGCACGUUGAGUGCAUGAAAAAAAAUUGUGUAAAAGUGGAUCUUUGCUCAGGAAAAUGUGACUUUUCUAAGGCUCACCCAUGAGCUAAUCUAUUGCAGAUGGCAUGAGAUGUGAAUCGGAGCUAAGAACGUGUCGUCCCACAGAUUGUCUUCUACGAGGACAAGAACUUCCAGGGCCGUCGCUAUGAGUGCGACAGUGACUGCUCUGAUUUCCACACCUACCUGAGCCGCUGCAACUCCAUCCGGGUGGAGAGUGGAGCCUGGGUGGUGUACGAGAGGCCCAACUACAUGGGCUACCAGUAUGUCCUAACCAGGGGAGAGUACCCAGAGUACCAGCGCUGGAUGGGCCUCAAUGACCGCAUCAGCUCCUGCAAGAUGAUCCACUUUGCCAGUGGGACACUGUACAAGAUGCAGCUGUAUGAGAAGGCAGACUUCGGGGGUCAGGUCUUCGAGGCCACAGAGGACUGUCCCUCACUUCUGGAGAAGUUCCGCUGGAAAGAGGUCAACUCCUGCAAAGUGUUUGAUGGCUGGUGGGUUUUCUACGAGCACCCCAACUACCGUGGGCGCCAGUACUUCCUGGAGAAGGGUGAAUACCGCAAGCCUGGUGACUGGGGUGCCGUCAGUCCUACAGUCCAGUCCUUCAGGCGCUUCACUGAAUGAUUUAACCUCCAUCCAGAAUGUUAA